UUUACAUUGUGAAGGUCGAAAGUGAUUUCCAUGCAUAUAUACUUAGAUGGAGAACUCUUAGCUUAAUUGCUUCAUAUCAAAUAUGGCGCAAAUGACGAUACCUAGGAUUGCGCUUUUAUCUAUUAAAAAUAGUAAUCGUGUAAUACCUCGAAUUUUUGUACCAUUAAAAUAUCAACGACUAUGUUUUCAUACAAGUUGGGUCCUCGAUGUCAAAGGAAGGGAAGUUUUAAUGCCUUCCUUAUCACCUACUAUGGAGAGUGGUACUAUCGUCAAAUGGCUAAAAAAGGAAGGUGAUAAAAUUGAACCAGGAGAUGCGCUUGCUGAUAUUCAAACUGAUAAAGCAGUUGUUACUAUGGAAGUUGAUGAUGAAAGUGUUCUUGCAAAAAUAAUUGUGCAAGAAGGAACUAAAGAUAUCAAAGUAGGAACAUUAAUAGCACUCACAGUUGAGGUAGAUCAAGAUUGGAAAUCUGUAGAAAUGCCAGAUACAACUGCAGCUCCAUCAUUAACACCUUCAAUACCAGCAGCAGCACCAGAUGCAGUAUCAUCUGCAAGUGCAGCAGCUCCUCCACCCCCUGGCCAAACAAAUGUUAGUAUGCCAGCACUAUCACCAACUAUGACUACAGGUACAAUUGUAAAGUGGCUUAAAAAAGAAGGAGAUGAAAUAGAACCAGGAGAUGCACUGGCAGAAAUACAAACGGACAAAGCUGUUAUGACUUUUGAAGUUGAAGAUGAAGGGAUAUUUGCAAAAAUUCUUGUUCCUGAAGGAAAUCAAGUGGAAGUAGGACAAUUAAUUGCUAUUACAGUAGAAAAGGGGAUGGAUUGGAAAAAUGUUGUUGUUCCAACAACUACAAAACCGUCUGCAACUGCUCCCACAGCUGCAACAGCUGCAGAUAAAACGCCUGCAGCAAGUGAACAAGUUUAUGGUUUAGCGGUAAGGCGGCUAUUGGAGGAAUAUGGUUUAAGUGCGAAUUUGAUCAAGGGUACUGGGCGGCCUAAUCGAUUACUAAAGAGUGAUGUGUUAGCUUAUAUCCAAACAAAUAAUGUAAAAAAACUUACGUUAAAAUCAGAAGGUGCACCUAAGGUUGCAAAAGCUAAACAAGAAGCAAGCGACGUUAAAGUACAUGUACCGAGUGGCGGUCCUUCUUCGUACGAAGAUAUCCCAGUUUCUAAUAUACGUGGUGUUAUUGCUAAAAGACUUGGAGAAUCAAAAAGUUCCAUUCCCCAUUCUUAUGCAUUCAUCGAUAUUAAAAUUGAUAAACUAAAUGAAAUUCGUAGCGAACUAAAAGCUGAUGGUAUUAACGUUUCGAUAAACGAUUUCAUUACGAAAGCAGCCGCACACGCACUUAUCGAAUGUCCAUUUAUUAAUACAUUGUAUCAAAAUGGCCAAAUAGUUCGUAUGCCAAGAGUUGAUAUUUCUAUCGCUGUUGCUACAGAUACGGGUCUUAUUACACCAAUUAUUUUUGACACUUCAGCAAAAAACGUAGCAGAUAUUUCGAAAAAUAUUAAAGAAUUAGCUGAGAAAGCCAGAAGUGGUCGAUUAAAACCAGAAGAAUUCCAAGGCGGAACUUUCACAAUAUCCAAUUUAGGGAUGUUCGGCAUCAAACAAUUCAGUGCCAUUAUAAAUCCUCCCCAAACAGCAAUACUUGCUGUUGGAAGUGGUCGUGAAGAACUAGAUGCUGCGUUACAAAAAGUAACAAAAAUGUCAACAACUUUAUCGUACGAUAGGCGCGCAAUUGAUGAAGACCAAGCAGCUGACUUUUUAGCUGUUUUAAGAGCCAUGUUGGAAGAUCCAAGUUUCCUGCUCGCUGGAAGAUUACGAGCUCUAAGAUACUCGCAGGACUGACCUUUAAUUAAAUGUUAAUCUUGAGAAACUUACUGAAAAAAUGGUUUAUGUUUUAAUUUACAUUUUAUUUUUGUUUACAACAUUAAUUUCGUAAAAAUAGAUCUGAAGUGUUUAUAACAUGAAAGUUAUAAUAUAAAAAUAACAGUUAUAAUAUGAAAAUAAUUCAUAGAUAUUAUAUUUCGUAAAUAAUAUUUAUUUACUAUGUUGUAUAAGUUAUAUUUACAAAAACCAUUUUAAACUUCAUUUGAACUUCAGAUCUUAACCAAAAAGUAUGUUAUUUAUCUGCCUAGAUACUGCCAAAAUUUAGAGUAAUAAUUAAUUUUAAUACUUUCAAUAUUUAUAUAAAAUAUUUUAAUGGAAAUGUAGAAAACAUUAAAAUUAGAAAAGAUCAAUAUUAUCAAUACUAUAUUAUUAAUCAAGCAUAAAAAUUGUAAAAACGUAAUUUAUUUAUUCAUAUCAAACGAAUUCACAUUAUAUGAUUUUGCUUUUUUAUCAUUUAAUGUAUUCUAUAUUUCUCUCAAAUCUUAUAAUUACUGAAAACUUUUACUAGAACAAAUUGUGCAGUAUAUCUAUGGAACACAUGAUUGAUAUAAAUAAUUAAUAUAUAAAAUAUUUAAAAAAAAUUAAAGAUUAAUAUAAAAUUUUAAAAAGUUAAAAAUGAGAAAUUUUUGAAUUCUGGAAAGUAAUAUAAAUUCUCAUGAAUUUAUUUAAUUUAAUAUAAUAUUCUAUUCUACAUAUAACUUACCUCUGUGUAAGCGAUUAAAUAAUUUGUAUUUAUUCUAAUAACAUAACGGUCACACUGCUGUUGUAUUUUCUUUCAUGCAAAAUAAUAAAUAUACAUAUAUACUUUUUUUUAUAAUUACAUUAUUUUAUGUAUAUCAAUAUGUAAAAACAUAAUGUAAAUAUAUGUGUAUAUAAUAAAUUUUGUUUAAAUAUUCAAAAUAUUGCAUGAUUGAGAAUUUCAGUGUGAAUUAGGAACUUUUGGGGAUAGUAAAAUAUUAUAACAAAAUUAUAAUUAUAUCUUGUAAAUAAAAUAUUUAUUGUUAAAA